AGCGCGUUUGGCAUUUGGAGAGAGAAAGAAGAAACAAAGUUGCAAAAAUGUGGAGGCGCGUGGUGUGUUGUUCCUCCUCGGCCCUAGCGUCAUACCGAUCCUCUCCGUCUCUCAAUCUCCACCGUCGAUUUCUAAUCUCUUCCGCAUCCUCUCCUUCCACUCCGCCGCCGUUCCAGCGAUCCCCCAAUCUCUCCGCCUCCGGUUUGAAGAAGAAGGUUGAGGAUAUCAUGCCCAUUGCUACUGGUCACGAGCGCGAGGAGCUUCAGGCUGAGCUUGAGGGCAGGGACAUUCUUGAGAUCAAUCAUCCAGUCGGCCCUUUCGGUACCAAGGAAGCACCUGCUGUAGUCAAGUCGUACUACGACAAAAGAAUAGUUGGAUGCCCCGGUGUUGAAGGAGAGGGUGAGCACGAUGUUGUGUGGUUCUGGCUGGAGAAAGGCAAGCCACAUGAAUGCCCAGUCUGUUCCCAAUAUUUCAAGCUGGAAGUAGUUGGCCCAGGAGGUCCUCAUUGAUAUAGCUGACAAGUAUUUUGCGGAAAUAAGAUUGAAAUGAUGAGGAGGCAGUCUGUUAUACUGUGUAGCUUAAUAAUUCUUCUUUUUUGGUGAACAGCAAUCCUUAGUCUUUCAGGGAUUGCCCAGCUGAUGUUUGAGUCGGCGAUAAUUUUGGUUCCAAGAAAUGCUCAUUAGCUAGGUUCUUGCUAGCCUAGUUUUAAAGAUCAAAUCAUCAAAUUAAAUGACAACUUUUUUUCUGGCUUUCGCUGAAAAUUGAUGUCCUAAUGUGCUGCUACCAGUUUGUUUAAUGUGUUUUUUCCAUGUGUUAAAAGUUAAAACAAAUAAGAAUUGAUCUGAAAGUUGUUACAGCCAAUUAAAUUUGACGCAUUACUUGUUGGUUAUAUGGUUACAAAAUAGUCCAGCGUUGUAUCCCUGAACCAUACGAGCCUGGAAACAAUGCUUCUAAACUUUUGUUAUAGGACAACAAAGACCAAUAAUUGUUGGAGUAUAUUCCUAGAAGCUGCGGCAAAUGACAUUGGAAUCAUCUACUGCAUGUUUGUCUUAGCUUGUGUGAUCAUAUUCUUGGUAAAUUGA